AUGGGAACCAGAGGUCCACUUCAAUUCCAUCCUAAUUCUGCCGCCAUUUCGAAAGGCUACAACUUUGCCUCCACUUGGGAACAGAAUGCUCCUUUGACCGAUCAUCAACAAAAUGCGAUUAUAUUGCUUACUCAUGCCGUUUCAGAACGACCAUUGCCUCUCAAAUUGGUUCAAGAGAAUGCAUUGGUUCAGGAUAAUGCGUUGUCGGUUAGGACUGAGGAUAGUUAUUUUGAUGAUUCUGGUGCGAUUAAGACUGUUAUGGUUAAUACAAAUCAGUUCUACAAAUGGUUUUUUAGAUCUUGA